UAUAAAUGGAACAUGAAUGGAAAAGGUGAUUUAUGAAUGCUAUUUUUUAUUUUGUUAUGUAUCAAUCAGAUGAAAUUAAAAGUAAACAAACAGAAUGGAAGACUUUUGAAUCAAGAUCAUAUUAUUUUGAGAAGGAGCAAAGAACCGAUUGGGAUUCUGCUAAUUUAUUUUGCAGAAAUCAAAAUGCAAGCCUUGCAGUGAUUAAUGAUGAAAAAGAAUGGGAAUACGUUAAGCUUCACUAUAAGGGUCCUACUUGGAUUGGUGUGAUAAACGACAAUAACAUAUGGAAAUGGAUUGACAAGACUGCUUUCAACUACAAUAUUUUUAAACAUGAAGUUAAACAACAGAAAGAUGGUAGUGACUGUGCCAAUAUUAUGAAUGAAAAUGUAUUUGCUGCACCUUGCAAAACGCGUUCCCACUGGAUCUGUGAAAAGUAAUAUGUUAACCGGAAUCUUCUUCAGGACCAUCCAUCAUUUAAGUUAAAUUUGUAUUUGAUACCCAAUGUUAAACAAAAAAAAAACUACUGUUACAGUACAGAUAUCUUUACAAUUGUUUACUAUAAAUAAAUGCUUGCACCAAAACCAGCAGU